AUGGGGCAGCUGCCAUCAGCCAGAGUCAACCCUGCCAGACCUUUCUAUAAUACGGGGGUGGACUAUUGCGGACCGUUUUACGUGCGAGAUCGUAUUCGUCGCAACAGUAAGCAAUAUAAAGCUUACGUAGCAAUUUUCGUCUGCAUGGUGGUGAAGGCAGUACACAUCGAGUUGGUAGAAGACCUGACUACUGAUUCAUUCAUCGCUGCCUUGAAGAGAUUCAUGGCAAGAAGAGGCAAGGUCAGAAAUAUAUAUUCCGACAACGGAAAAAAUUUUGUUGGAGCGGAUCGCGCGUUGCAAGAAAUACUAUGCAGUAAGGAGUUCAAGGACGACGUUCAAGACCAUGCAACUAGCGAGCAAAUAAGUUGGCAUUUCAUACCUCCUAGAUCUCCACACUACGGGGGUCUUUGGGAAGCGGCGGUACGUACACUGAAAUUAUAUAUGAAGCGCACAAUAGGCGACGCUUGUCUGACAAUUGCUGAAAUGACGACGUUACUGACGCAAAUAGAAGCCAUGUUAAACUCCAGACCAUUAACGUCCUUGUCUGAGGACCCAAAUGAUCUUCGCGCAUUAACACCAGGUCAUUUUUUAAUCGGAGAAAAUUUACAGACCUACCCAGAGGUAGAUGUAAAAGAGAUUCCAGAAAAUAAACUAUCAAGAUGGCAACACGUAGAACAGCUGAGGCAACGAUUCUGGAGUCGAUGGCAAAAGGAAUACUUAACGACGUGUCAGCAGAGGAGCAAAUGGCGUUCAGACGCUAAGAAGACCUUCGAAAUCGGACAACUGGUUAUGUUUAAAGAGAGCGAGAGCAAACCGCUGAAGUGGAGUCUCGCCAAAAUUAUAGAGGUACACCCUGGUUCUGAUGGAAUCAUUAGGGCAGUGACGGUAAAGACAAGUCAGGGAGUGUACAAAAGAGCGAUUGUUAACAUUGCUCCUUGUUUAGAAUAG